AGGUUUUCGCAGUGCAUAGCUCUACAAUUAUGGCAAUCCAUAUCUAUCUAUUCAUUUCGAAACAAGAAUACUAAACACUAUUCUUCUGUGCAAAAGCAGAUGGCUGUUCGUCUUCCUUCUUUUCGUGCCUCAGUCGCACCAUCUCUCAAGCGGAGUGUGUCGCAGCCUUCACCGAUUAGAGCUCACAGAUUCAAAGAAGAAGAAGGAAGAUCAUCAUCCAGCAAUCUAGUCGAUGCGAAGUUGAGCGUCUUGAGAAAGAGGAUCGAUGAAGCGAAGACUAAGGAGAGACUGGAGAGGUGUUGCAGAAGCAAGAUUGGGUGGAACUACGCCAAGUCCAGAUGCUAUUCCAUAUAUAGGCGGAGAAAUGACGCAGAGAGGUCGGAGUUCUUUGAACUCGUACUCUUAGUUUGCGGAAAUAUCGGCCUAACAAACAUUGCUUGUGCAUUCUUCCUUUGCUUAGCUUCCGUAUUCAUACAUCUGAGUCAACUUCAUGACCAUUUCUUGUAGAUCUCUCUGUCUCUCUAUCUCUCUCUUCUAGCAAUUUCUCAGUGUUCAGUUUCUUUGGUGCUAAACUUGAUAUCCAUGUAGCGUUCUUAGUAUAUCUGUAACAACCCUAUUUGAUUUAAAUUAUAUGUACUUAAAAUCCAAA